AUGCAAGUUUAUCAUUAUUGCUUGUUUCUUUUGGCAUUUAUUGCUGUACUAAUUAAUUCAAGAUAUAUUGAUCGAUCCUAUGAUAAUGAACAUGAUGAUGAAUUGUAUUUCCCAAGUAAUUAUCAUUUAGAACGAGCUUAUCGAUCACGUGCUCUCGAUCGAUAUAUACGCAAUAUGCUUGCUAACAAUAAUAAUGAUGAUGAGAAAUCUAGUGAAUCAGCAGCAUUUGAAAGACGUGGCAAAUCUAUUACAAAAGGCGAUCCAAGAGAAUUUAUGGGCUAA